AUGUUACAUUUAUCGAAUAAACGACGUGUAAUGAAUAAAACAUUUACAAUAUUAUCAAAUAAAUAUUGUUCAUUUCAUAAUGAUAUUGAACAAAAUCAAUCAAAUUCUAUCUGUGAAAAUAUUGAUCGAUUAUCUAUAACAUCAAAUGAUCCACGAUUUUGUACAUUUACAAAAUAUAAGAUCAAUCAACAUCAGCAACGUUAUUUUGAUUCACCAACAAUGAUUAUACCAGAUGAUGAUGAUGAUGAUGAUAUUCCUAUAAGUCGUUGUUCAAAUAAAACAUCAUUUGUAGAACCAAAUUUAAAUGAAACAGAACUAAGUGAUCUUUUAAUUUUUACUAAUCCAUGUCGAAUUUUAAGUGAAUCAAUGCACGUAGUAAUAAGUCGUCAUCCAUCAUUACAAGAUUUAAAAUAUAUCAAUGAUGUCAGUAGUCUAUUAGUUGAUCCACAAUUUGUACAAAAUAAAGAUGAACCUAUUUACCAAGAACUAAUUCGACUUGAUCAUUUAAUAGCAACACCACCAUCCGACCAUAUAAAUGAUAUUGAUGAAAAUAAAGAAAAUCGACCACCAUUAAUGCCAAUCAAAUGCUCCACGUCACGUAUACCUAUUUGGACACCAUCACCAAAUAAUAAAACUACUGAUACAUCAAAUAUAACUGAAAAAAUUAAAAAAAAUCAAGAAUCGAAAAAAAAAACAACUACAACAUCAGCUAAACCAUGUCUUAAUGAUCUACUUGAUGAAUGGUCGUCUAUUACACCACAACUUAAACAACUAUUAUCCAAUACACGUAAAAUGCCCAUUCGAGUAGAUUUAUUUUCUGCCCUUCAAGUUCAUCAUUUUAUUAAUAAUACUCUUUUAGAUGCCUCACUUAACAAAGAACAGUAUCGAGUUUCGUCGACUGAAACAACUGUUAAACGAUAUGGAAAUAACAACAUCCUCAUGGACUAA